CCGCGGCCGGCGGAGGAGCUGCCACUUCCUGGAGGCGCCGGCCGGGGCCGCUCUCAGCAUUUAGCGCCGGAGCCGGGAGCCCGCGGCCGCCGCCAUGUCCCAUCAGACCGGCAUCCAAGCAAGUGAAGAUGUUAAGGAUAUCUUUGCCAGAGCAAGAAAUGGAAAAUACAGACUUCUAAAAAUAUCUAUUGAAAAUGAGAAACUUGUGAUUGGAUCAUGUAGUCAGCCCUCAGAUUCCUGGGAUAAGGAUUAUGAUUCCUUUGUUUUACCCCUACUGGAGGACAAACAGCCGUGCUAUAUAUUAUUCAGGUUAGAUUCUCAGAAUGCCCAGGGAUAUGAAUGGAUAUUCAUUGCCUGGUCUCCAGAUCAUUCUCAUGUUCGUCAGAAAAUGUUGUAUGCAGCAACAAGAGCAACUCUGAAAAAGGAAUUUGGAGGUGGCCACAUUAAAGAUGAAGUAUUUGGAACAGUAAAGGAAGAUGUAUCAUUAAAUGGUUAUAAAAAAUACUUGGUGUCACAGUCUUCUCCUGCCCCCUUGACUGCAGCUGAGGAAGAAUUACGGCAGAUUAAAAUUAAUGAGGUACAGACUGACGUGGGUGUGGACACUAAGCAUCAGACACUACAAGGAGUCGCAUUUCCUAUUUCUCGAGAAGCUUUUCAGGCUUUGGAACAAUUAAGUAACAGACAGCUCAACUAUGUGCAAUUGGAAAUAGAUAUAAAAAAUGAGAUUAUAAUUUUGGCCAACACAACAAAUACAGAACUAAAAGAUUUGCCAAAGAGGAUUCCCAAGGAUUCAGCACGUUACCAUUUCUUCCUGUAUAAACAUUCCCAUGAAGGCGACUACUUGGAGUCCAUAGUUUUUAUUUAUUCAAUGCCUGGAUACACAUGCAGUAUAAGAGAACGGAUGCUGUAUUCUAGCUGCAAGAGCCCUCUGCUAGAAAUUGUAGAAAGACAACUACAAAUGGAUGUCAUUAGAAAGAUCGAAAUAGACAAUGGGGAUGAGUUGACAGCAGACUUCCUUUAUGAAGAAGUACACCCAAAGCAGCAUGCACAUAAGCAGAGUUUUGCUAAACCGAAAGGUCCCGCAGGAAAAAGAGGAAUUCGAAGACUUAUUAGGGGUCCCGCUGAAAGUGAAGCCACUGCUGAUUAAAAUCAUUAUAUUAAGCA